AUUCCGACGAGUCGUUCCAAAGGGCAGAUGGCGUCCGUACUUGGGAACAACAGCCGCGCGUCGGGGGCUCAAGGUGGCCAGGUUAAAUGCAAGCUGAAGAGGAGGAGGAGGAGAAGAUCCAAGCGAAAAGAGAAAGUCAGUAUGAUGUCAGCAUUGAUCAAUCCCUUCAAGUACAUAAGCCCUGGGACCAGCAGCACAGAGGACGAGGACAGUUUAAGUACCAGCAGUGCAGAGGUGAAAGAGAACCGCAAUAUUGAUAACUUGGAGGAUCGCUCCUUAGCAUCAGUUGAGUGUCAAUCACUCUUCUGCUCUGAAUCUACAAGGAGUGGGAGUUCUAGUCUGAAGAGGAAACGGCCCCUGGAGGAAGACAACAAUGGUCACCUCAGCCAACUACGUCUGAUCUAUAAGAAACUGUCCUGGUCUGAGGCACCAAAGAAUGCUUUGGUUCAGCUCAAUGAGCUUCGGCCAGGUCUUCAGUAUCACAUGGUUUCACAAACAGGUCCAGUCCACGCUCCUGUUUUCUCUAUUGCUGUUGAGGUUAAUGGCUUGACCUUUGAAGGGACAGGUCCCACAAAGAAGAAGGCUAAGAUGAGGGCAGCAGAGCUGGCCCUUAAAUCUUUUAUUCAGUUUCCUAAUGCUCCUCAGGCCCACUUAGCCAUGGGAAACAUCUCAAACCCAUCAGCUGACUUCACCUCAGACCAAGCUGACUUCCCUGACACUCUUUUCAAAGAGUUUGAAUCUUCAGCAUGCUCUGAUGGCCUCACCCUUUGCAACUCAGAAGCAGAAAGUCAGCUAUUAUCAAGUGAGCUCCUGCGACAUGGACGCUUGCUUCGUCAUACCUUGGACCUGAUGGUACAGGCUCAGCAGAGGUUGGGGGGCAUUGUUCCAGAGCCCAAUGCGCCCAAGAGUCCCGUGGUGCUGCUCAAUGAGCUGCGUCCGGGUUUGCGCUAUGCCUGUCUCUCUGAGCGUGCCGAGGGCCGGCGGCUGCGUAGCUUUGUGAUGGCAGUACGUGUGGAUGGACGGAUCUUUGAGGGCUGUGGUCGUAGCAAGAAGAUGGCCAAGACCCAGGCAGCCCAGUGCGCUCUUGAGGCUCUCUUUAAUAUCAGGACAGCCCCUGAAGGGAGGAUGGGUCUCAAAGCCAGCAGGAAGAUAUGCCCUCAUUUACCCCAGGACUUUGCCGAUUCAAUAUUCCACUUGGUGAGGGAGAAGUAUCGCACACUGCUGGGCGGCUGCAGUCCAGCUUACUCUCAACACAAAUCCCUGGCAGGCAUCGUAAUGACCCGAGGUCUGGACAUUAACUAUGCCCAGGUGGUGGCGUUGUCCACAGGAACCAAAUGUAUCAACGGGGAGAAUCUGAGUGACCAGGGACAAGUGGUCAAUGACUGUCACGCUGAAGUGACCGUACGCAGAGCCCUGCUACGCUUCCUUUAUUCUCAACUGGAGCUCUUCUUUAGUAAAAGGCCAGAAGACUGGGAACAGUCUAUUUUUGUGAGGCAUAAGGAGCGCAGCUACAGGUUACGAGACAGCGUCCACUUCCACAUGUACAUCAGCACCUCGCCGUGUGGGGACGGGAGACUCAACUCGCCCUACGAAAUCACCACGGACUUACCCAGCAGCAGAAACCUUAUGAGGAAACACCGCUGCCACCUGCGAACCAAAAUCGAAUCAGGCGAGGGUACGGUACCAGUGAGGUGUCGGGGGUCCGUCCAGACGUGGGACGGGAUUUUACAGGGAGAGCAGCUCAUCACCAUGUCCUGCACUGACAAAAUGAUCAGGUGGAAUACUCUUGGCCUGCAGGGUGCGUUGCUGAGCCACUUAAUGGAGCCUGUGUACCUUCAUAGCGUGACUGUGGGCAGCCUGCGCCACACGGGCCAUCUGGGCAGGGUCCUGAACCAACGGCAGGAACGAUUAGGCCCCCUCCCCGCCACGUACAGACGCAACCAGCCGCUACUCAGUGGGUUAAGCUGUGUCGAGUAUCAGUAUUCAGGGAAGGCCUUGUGCGUGAGUGUCAACUGGACGUCGGGCGACGCGCAGUUGGAGGUGUUAAACACCGCCACAGGACGGAGACGUGACUCAGGGAUGCCUUCACGCCUCUGCAAACACGCACUGUUCACACGCUGGAACAGACUUUACUGCAAGCUGGGGGUCUCCGCGUCCCGCCCAGAAGACAGUCAGCUCGUUUACUCCCAGGCCAAGAUGGCGGCACGCCCUUACCAGACAGUCAAGCAGCAGUGGUUCAGGUCUCUUCAAGAAACAGGCCUGGGCACCUGGGUGAAGAAACCACCUGAGCAGGAACAGUUCCUGCUAUGAGACUAAAGAGUCUGUGUUUGUGUGUGAGUACAUGCGUGUGAAUGUGUUAACCUUUAUUUUAUUUUUUUUAGGGUAAGGUAGGGGCCAUGCUCUUUGCAAACAUAUACACCCUGCAUAACCGAGAGUGGAAAGCCGUCAGUCAUCAUUGUGUGUGUUUUGUUGUGAAUGUCCCACACAUCCGCUCCACCAGUCAAUACAAA